GCGGAGCUCGGAGGCGGAGGCGCUGGGCUCGCGCGUCUGUCUCUCUGUCCUUCUGCACUCCGCCGCGGCUUCUUCGGACCCGACUCGAGCCCGUGUGUGGCCUCCUCGCCCCCCAGGCCUUCGCCAUGGCUCUCAGCGACGCCGACGUGCAGAAGCAGAUAAAGCAUAUGAUGGCUUUCAUUGAACAAGAAGCUAAUGAGAAAGCAGAAGAAAUAGAUGCAAAGGCAGAAGAAGAGUUCAAUAUUGAGAAAGGUCGUCUGGUACAAACCCAAAGACUAAAGAUUAUGGAAUACUAUGAGAAGAAAGAAAAGCAGAUUGAACAACAGAAGAAAAUCCAAAUGUCCAAUUUGAUGAAUCAAGCAAGGCUCAAAGUCCUCAGAGCAAGAGAUGACCUCAUUACAGACCUACUGGCUGAAGCGAAACAAAGACUGAGCAAGGUGGCAAAAGAUACGACCAGGUACCAAGUGCUGUUGGAUGGACUGGUCCUCCAGGGUUUGUACCAGUUGUUAGAACCCCGAAUGAUUGUACGUUGCCGAAAACAGGAUUUCCCUCUGGUAAAGGCUUCUGUGCAGAAAGCAAUUCCUAUGUACAAAAUUGCCACCAAAAAUGAUGCUGAUGUUCAAAUUGAUCAGGAAGUCUAUCUGCCUGAAGAAAUGUAA